GGACAGAGACUGCCCCGAGCAUCCCCCUGGCAUGGGGGUGAGAGGUAGGGAGACCCCCAGGCAUUCCCUGGGGUGAGAAUGAUGGAGACCACCUCAGGAAUGGCCUGGGGUGACAGGGAAAGGGACAAAAUCCCCCCAAGCCCCUCCCAAGCAUCCCUUAAGCAUCCCCUGGGCACUGGACAAAAUAAACUUGGCAGAAAUCAAACUUAACACCACGUUAAAUGCCUUGACGAACAUUUGCUCUUGCCACAAGUCACUUGUGAUGGAAAUGUAAACAAAUCCCAAACAUUAAUAAAGCAACAAUAAAAGCAAUUCUGUGGCAAUUCCAAGUUUCAUCGGUUCCUGCACAGCUGUAGCUUGGCAGCUGGCGUGUUCCAAAAAAAAAAAAAUUAUGGAAAUUUAGCCCAAGAUUACUAAAAGGAAGGAAAAACUCUGUAUAGCUGUGACAAAGGUGACAGGAACGAAGACACCUAUGAUUUUCACAUUUGGCAAAGCCCCCAAGCCUGUGAAUUCGGGAGUAAUUUAGGAAUUUAGCUACUUGAGCUGGGUUUCUUAUAGGACUUUUCGGAGCCCUGUGUUCCUCACCUUGGGGUGAAAGAACCUUGUCAGACUUGCUGGUAUCAUUUGCUCCCUUUCCUCCAUUGAUUUCAAUAAAAUUUUCAAGGAAGGACAAGAAAAUAUUUUCUUUACUCUGGCCACCAACAGCCAUUUUCCUCAUCAGUUCUCCCAUAUGUCUCCCAGAGGAAGCUGCAUCCAAUUUUCCAAGAGUUCCUCCAGAGAGAACCACAACCUCCUCAGAGGAGGGAACCAUGCUGUUGUCAAAGGCAGUUGGGGUCAGAGAACAGUGCCUAAACUCCCUGUGCCAAAAUAAUGUCACAAUCUGCUUAAGAAAAUUGUUAGAGAGAUGCCUCUGCCCCAAUUAAGGUGCUAAGGAAACCAAAUGCAAAGUGGAUUUUAUUGAACAGUAAAUGUGAGGUAGAGAGAGAGAGAUGGAAAGAAAGAGAAAAGGAGGGAGAGCAAGAGACAGGGACAGAGACCUCCCCUGGCAGGGCAAGAGUGACAUUGUCCCCUGUGUGUGUGGCCUUCCCGGGGUGGGGGUUUUAUACCUGAGCCAGUUUGGGUAAGGGGGGUGGUGUUCACCCCCUGAGCAGGGAUUACCCCACUGUUUCAGGUUACAGUGUAAGAUGUAACCAAAUGCAUGUUUUCCAUCACCACCUUUAGAAACUGUUAUAAACAGGGGGUGCAGUGUUCUUUAUCUCUUCCAUCACUCAGCCCUGAUAACACCCUCCAGGAGCUCUCUUCUGUGAAUGGGCCAUUGAGUGUCCUGCAGGACUGGUAAAAUGACAUCAUCCCAUUGUGGGAUGCUCCACCCAGGGGGAGGAGCCAAGCAUUCCUACCUGGAUAUAAGCUGAGCCUUGCAACACCAGGAGCACCUUGCGUACUGGAUUCCCAGAGGACAAGAGCUCCAUCACCAGCACUCAACCGUCAGAGGAAGACCAGACCCUUCUACAGGAUCACUGCUUUGACAGAAUCACAAUCAUCACUGCAACAGGACUGCAGCCACCAUUUAAUGGGACUGCUACCAGCACCCUAACCAACAGGGUGUCAGGUUAUAUCCUGACUCUGUCAGUUUAAGGCCUUGUUUCUGUAUCAUUGCCUUGAUCUAAAUUUUCUUUUUAAAUUGUAAUUCUGACUUAGACUCUCCCUGUGGUUGGCCUUGAAACCAGUACAAAACUCCACGUACUCAUCCAUUGUUUUCCUCUCAAACCAGGUUUUCCCAUUCCCAAAACUUGGCCGGAUGGAGGGGGAGGCUGCAAGGAAGAGGAAGAUAUCUCGAGACACUCAGGCAGACAAGGAGCUGAGGAUGGAGACCAGGGAGGGCAAAUCCCCAUGGCAGAACCUUGUGGAAGUGGCUGUUUUGAGGGGCUCCAAAAGACAGGAAUCCGACGGGGAGGAAAAGCCCCAGAAAUCCCCCAGGAAGAGGGGCUCCAAACCCAGCCCAGGGUGCUCUGGGGGGGAAAGACCCACCCUCUGCCAGGAAGGUGGACAAAGCUCCUGCCAGAGCUCAGAGCUGGUGGUCCAUGAGCAGCUUCAUGAUGGGGAAUGGCCAUACAAGUGUGGAAAAUGUGGGAAGGGCUUCAGGUGCAGCUCAGAACUCCUCAACCACCAGCAGAUUCACGCUGAGAAGAGGCCUUUCCGCUGCCCUGAAUGUGGGAAGGGUUUCAACCGCAACUCCCAUGUCAUCCGCCACCAGCGUAUCCACACUGGGGAGAGGCCCUACGAGUGUCCCCAGUGUGGGAAGAGGUUUCACACUAGAUCCAAUCUCCUCCAUCACCAGCGGAUUCACAGCGAGGAGAGGCCCUUCUGCUGCCCUGACUGCGGGAAGGGCUUCAAGCACAACUACACCCUUGUCACCCACCAGCGCAUCCACACCGGGGAGAGGCCCUACAAGUGUCCCCAGUGUGGGAAGAGCUUCAUCCAGAGCUCUAAGUUAACCAGACACCAACGGAUGCACCAGUAAGGGAAGCCCUGCAAAUGCCCCAAUUCCAGGAAGAGCUUUGUGCCCGGCUCCAGCUUCAUACCCAAAUGGAGGACCCACACUGGGAAGAGACCUGUAAUCCAUAUUCACUACAAUCCAUGCUGGGAAGACACCUGUCCCUUCUCCUGCCCCUGCCAGUGACCUGAUGUGGGGUUGAAUAACAUGAGGUUCAGGCCAUGGCUGUGUCAUUAAAUUCACUCCCACCUCAGGUCAUUGCCAGGGGCAGGAAAGGGACUCUCUUUCUCCCUGAGGAGAAGGGUGUCCUUUGCAGGCAGGGGGAAAUACAUUGCCAAGAAGAGCCAGUCAGUUGUGUUGUAGUUUUCCCUGCAAAUCGUUUCUAUUUUCCCUUCUGUUGUGAAUAUUUUUGCUGUUCUUGAUUGUUCCUUAUCUCAUUGCUUUUCCCAAUAAAUUGUUCUUAUCCCAGCCCAGGAUCUUUGCCUUUUGUGAUUUCCAUGGGA